AUGCCAGACCCAAUAGUCGAUAUCCACACCCAUGUCUACACCCCAGCCUACCUGGACAUGCUGCGCGCACGCAAGAAAGUGCCCUACGUGCAUGAUCCUGCUGCAGAGGGAGCCGACUCGCGUCUCAUCAUUCUCUCCUCUGACGACAGCCCCUCGAUCCCGCAGGACCAGAGAGGACGGCCUGUCGACUCAUCCUACUCCGAUAUCAACGUGAAGCUCGAUUUCAUGCGUCGACAUGGCAUCACCACCAGCGUCAUCUCCCUCGCCAACCCGUGGCUGGAUUUCCUCGAUGCUGACGAGGCCCAAACAUGGACUGAGCGCAUCAACAACGACCUUGAAGAAACUUGCGCGCGGAUAAACAAAUUUGCUGAAGAAAACGAGACAGGCGUGAAGACACUCUACGCCUUUGGCGCUCUGCCGCUCAGCGCUCCGACGGCUGCGGUCGUUGCUAAUGAGGUGUCAAGGCUGAAAACGCUGCCACACAUGCGCGGUAUCAUCAUGGGGACAUCCGGGCUAGGGAAGGGCCUCGACGACUUUGCGUUAGAUCCCAUCUGGGCAUCGCUAGAGGAAACGCAGUCAUUGCUUUUCCUGCACCCACAUUACGGUCUACCGGACGAAGCGUUUGGAGGGCCCGAGGUGACGCAGCGAUACGGACAUGUUCUUCCUCUAGCUCUGGGAUUUCCGCUCGAGACCACCAUUGCAGUGACGCGUAUGCUGUUGUCGGGAGUUUUUGAUCGGUUCCCGAAAUUGAAGAUUUUGUUGGCGCAUUCUGGUGGCACGUUGCCGUUUUUGGCGGGGAGGAUUGAGAGUUGUAUUGCACAUGAGCGUCAUUUUGUUGCGAACGGAGGGAAGACUCAGGGUCCUGUCAGGAGUGUUUGGGAGGUACUCAAUACGAACAUUUAUCUGGAUGCGGUGGUAUAUGGUGAGGCUGGUCUGAAGGCUGCAAUUCAUGCGGCAGGAGGUCAUGAUCGGCUUUUAUUUGGCACCGAUCACCCCUUCUUCCCACCUUUGGAUGAAAAGGAAGACGGCCAAUGGCUCAGUGUCAGUACUAAUUUUAAAGCCAUUGAGAAAACAUUGAGUCCGAAUAAGGAUGCAGUUAGGGCUGUUCUUGGUGGCAACGCGGUUCGCAUCUUGAACCUAAAAUAG